AUGGAGAAUUUCGUAAAAGCUCAAGAAGCUCUGCGCCAACCUAUCGCAAACGCAUUUGCUAAUUUUAAGAAAGUAGGGCAGAGUAAGAUGACAAAGGGCUUAGCUAAAUCUCACAUCGCUCGACUUAACGAGAGGUAUGAUCGGUUAAAACAGAAUCAUGGAAAUAUUAGCAAGGCCCGAGAUUACGAUUCCCAACAUGUUUAUGUAACUUCAGAUCUUUUUGAGACUAUUUCAGAUGAAUAUUAUAACUCCUUAGGGGCUUUUAACGACUUCAUGGAGCAAUUUGAAACCCCCGCCUUAUUGGACGAGUCGCUAUUGAAUCGAACGGGUCAAGCUCCCAGCUCAUUCAACCCCCUCCCAAAAGUAGAUAUUCCAAAUUUUUCAGGUGAUUUAAAUGAUUGGGAGCCGUUUAAAGAUUUAUUUCGCUCCAUGAUUCACCGUCGCACUGACAUAACUCCUGUGGUCAAGUUUCAUCAUCUCCGCUUUCAUCUUAGUGGCGAAGCGGCUGAGUUAAUUAAAAGCUUGCCGAUUACAGUUGAUAAUUACGAGGUAGCUUGGGACAUUCUUACGAAAAAUUAUGGUAGUCAAAGACGAUUAGUGUCAGCUUACGCAAAAAAAAUAUUAGCGUGCCGUCCUAUGAAAUCAGAUUCUUUACAGGAACUUAAGCGACUUCAAACAGAAUCGCUCGCGCCUUUAGACUCUCUAAUCGCGAUUGAAAGAAGCGUUGGCGACGCGGAUUUCUUCAUUGAAUUUGUUGUCAGCAAGUUCGAUUUUUACCUCAAACGCGAUUGGCAGCGAUUUAUCGGUGCAGGCACCUCCCCGCCUACUCUUGAACAACUUCGAACUUUUUUCUUCAAUCAGACAAUGCUAUUAGAGGGAAUAGGAGAACGUGGUUCCGCUGUCAAAUCCACUCUCAAACACUCCACUGUUCACGCUUCUAACGUAGAAAAAUCGCAGUGUACAGUGUGUGAAGAAGCUCAUUCAUUGAGACAUUGUCCAAAAUUUCGUGAGAAAACCGCAACAGAACGAAAGAACGUGGUUUUCCAGUCCCAGCGUUGCUUGAAUUGCUUAGGGAUGCACUUUGUUAAGGAGUGCCCUUCUCCUAGCCGUUGUAGAAAGUGCAGUCACAAGCAUCAUUCCUUAUUACAUGUUGACAAAAUGGAGAAAACUACAGCCGCUCAUCAGGCUAAUGCCGAAUCUUCAGAUUCGAGCUCAGAAGAAGAAAUUUCGACCUCUGUGAAUCAAGCGAUUGAGACCGUGCGUAAUCGUAGCUCAGGAGUUCUACUGUGUACUGCUCGCGUUCGAGUCAAGUGCUGGGACGGCGAAGAGCUUCUCGUUAGAGCCUUGAUAGACCAAGGUUCUCAAUGCUCAAUGAUCUCGCAAUCCCUUAGUGACUUGCUUAAACUGAAACAUCAAAGGAUUCGAACGCGACUUGUAGGACCCGGAGAGAUAGUUAUAGGGCAACCGCGUUUUUCUGUGCAAUUGGAAGUCAAACCCCAUUUUCGCUCCAAGACUUUACUAAAGAUCGAAGCCCUAGUACUGCCUCGCGUCUCCUCUUAUCGUCCUCCCGAGAAAGAACGUGGUAAUUUGCCUACAGCUUUUCAAGGGUUACGAUUGGCCGAUCCUCAGUUUCUCUUGGAGGAUCGUAUCGACAUGAUUUUAGGCGCUGAAGUGCACGCCGCAAUUAUCAAAGGUUUAGUGAAAAGAGGUUUACCUCACGAGCCCAUUGCAACUUCUUCCAGAUUAGGUUGGUUGUUAUCUGGUCACGCUGGUUUUAACAAUCGAACUACCAGUUCGCAAACAGUUUCCAUAAAUUGCAUCUCACUCGUUGAUUUAACCGACACUUUGCAGCAAUUUUGGAAGUUAGAGGAACCUCCUGAUCGAACUCAAGAGCUCAGUCCGGACGAAAUUGCUUGUGAAGAAAGUUUUGAGAAAACUCAUUCUAGAACUAAGUCAGGUCGCUUCGUAGUCGGUCUUCCCUUUAGGAUUAAUCCUUCUGUGCUGCAACCAUAUUCUUCACGAAAUCAACAAUCUUCCAAAGCAAUGCUUAUUCAAAUGGAGAAAAAAUUCGACACAAAUGAAAAACUGAAGACCGAUUACGCUUUAUUCAUGCGCGAGUAUUUAGAGUCGAAACAGAUGUCUGAGUUCGAACCUGCCGCGGGCCAAAAGCAUUGGCUGCUCCCUCAUCACGGCGUAGUUAGGGAGUCUAGCUCCACAACUAAGUUACGCGUAGUAUUUAACGGGUCAUCGAAAUCCAAGGACGCUGUUUCGCUGAAUGAUACACUAUAUCCUGGCCCGAAUUUACUGUCGUGCUUAUUCGAUUUGCUUUUACGAUGGCGUAAAUAUAACGUCGCUUUCACAGCGGACAUAGAGAAAAUGUUUCGACAGAUUUCAGUAAGAGAAGAAGAUCGAAAAUAUCAGACCAUCUAUUGGCGUUUUGAAAGCACCGAGCCUAUUAAGAUUUUUAAGUUGAAUACAGUUACUUACGGUUUGGCCUGCUCUCCCUUCUUAGCUAUAAGAGUGUUGAAGCAGUUAGCGCUUGAAGGUAGGGAGCGCUUUCCCGUAGGUGCUGAAGCUUUAGAACGAGACGUAUAUAUGGACGAUGUUUUGUCCGGUGCCCAUUCGGAAGCUGAAGCUAAGACCAAAAUUGCCGAAUUGCAAGCUCUAACCCGAGAAGGAGGGUUCCCCCUGCGUAAAUGGGCUUCGAAUAACCCUCGAUCUCUUCAAGACUUGAACCCUGAAUUGAUCAGUCAAGGAGAUAUCUCAUUGUCUGAAAACGAAAAUUCUAUCACCGUGCUUGGACUAGUCUGGCAACCUACUCUAGAUUUUUUCCGCUAUGAGGUUAAGAUCGAAGAGUUUCCCUCGGUUUGGACUAAGCGAUCGUUUUUAUCACGAUUAGCCAAACUAUUUGAUCCUCUCGGCUGGCUAUCUCCCGUUAUGAUUACAGCUAAGAUCAUGAUGCAAUCUUUGUGGGUUUUGAAACUAAAUUGGGAUGAUCCUUUACCCGAAUCUCACACCGAACCUUGGUUACAUUGGCUAGUCAAUCUUCCGAGUGUUAAUCAAAUAAAGAUUCCUCGCUGGAAUUAUUACUCUCCUGAUUGCUCGAAACUAGAAAUCCACGGUUAUGCUGAUGCGUCCAAGUUAGCUUACGCUGCUGUUGUAUACCUUAGGAUUGUUUAUCAGGGUCAAGUGAAGGUUUCUUUACAGCUAGCAAAAACCAAAGUGGCUCCUUUGAAAACUGUGAGCAUUCCCAGACUAGAGCUAUGCGCUGCCCAUUUACUUUCUAAAGUAACAGCGCAUUAUGCCAAGAAAAUGGAGUUUCCUGUAUAUUCUAUACAUUUGUGGUCAGACUCUCGUGAUGUUUUGCACUGGUUAAACGAGUUACCGUCAAAAUGGCCUAUUUUUAUAGCUAAUCGUUGUGCUGACAUUCUAAAUCUGGUCCCAAAGGCUAUUUGGCAUCAUGUCCCAGGCAAGCAUAAUCCCGCAGAUAUUGCUUCUCGAGGUAUUUAUCCUGACCAAGUCUCGUUGCUCGAGCAGUGGUACAAAGGGCCUGACCUUUUGCACCAACUCGACCCUGUUUACCCGAAGUUUGCCAAUGUUAUUGUACCCACAGUUGUAACACACGUAACCGAAGCUAAAUAUCCCAACUGGAGGUUGUUGAACGACUGCUCGGACUUAAGUCGAUUGUGUAAAAUCACGGCUUAUUGUUUUAGAUUUAUAAUAAAGCUUAUACGAGCACGAAAUCGAUCUCUCGGAAUGACAAAGGAGUUUUUCAAAGAUUUGAGAUUCCUUCAUGUUCACUCCUUUGAGGAACCUGACAGUCUCAUACUCUGUCCUUCCGAAGUUCAACAAGUUAAGUUUUAUUGGGUAGCGGUCCAUCAACGCUACUUUUUUGAUCGCGAGAUUAAAAUAUUGCACGAAAACAUCGAUCCAUCGCUUAAAGAAAGGAAACUUCUCCCCUCGGACAGCAAGCUAUUAAAACUCGACCCUUUUUUAGAUUCUGGUUUGAUUCGAGUUGGAGGUAGGCUUCAAAAUUCAGAAUUAGGAUUAAGCAUUAAACAUCCUUUGGUCUUAUCCCCGGAUGAACUAUUGACGACCUUAAUUAUACGCGAUAAACACAUUAAAUGUUUACAUGGAGGCCCCCAAACCACUCUAGUGCAUCUCAGAGCUGAAUUUUGGAUAAUAGGAGGGCUUCAGACAGUGAGUUCUGUGAUUUCUCGCUGCGUCACGUGUCGGCGGCACGCAGGACGUACGCAAACUCAAAUGAUGGGUGCCCUCCCCACGCCGCGAGUUUUACCGGCUGACCCCUUUACGAAAACGGGCAUAGAUUAUGCCGGCCCGGUUAAGGUUCGACUUACCAAAACUAGAGGCAGAAUUACCACCAAAGGCUGGAUAGCGGUUUUUAUAUGUAUGUGCACUCGUGCUAUCCAUCUAGAGAUAGUAGAAGACUAUUCGGCCGAUUCAUUCGUCGCUGCUUUCAUCAGAUUUACUUCACGCCGAGGCGCCUGCCUUGAGCUGUACAGUGACCGCGGUUCGAAUUUUAUCGGAGCCGAAAAGGAGCUCGCCCAGAUGUUAUACGAUUACAGUCAAUCAUAUCCGAAAGCUCAACUUGCGGAAAUGAAUACCUCUUGGCAUUAUAACCCUCCUGCAGCUCCUCACUUCGGGGGAAUUUGGGAAUCCGCAGUCAAGUCCACAAAAUUUCAUUUAAAGCGCGUUAUUGGAGAUCAAACUCUCACAUUUGUUGGAUACAUGACUUUACUUUGCAGAAUCGAGGUUUUACUUAAUUCGCGCCCCCUCGUCCCAAUGACUGGUAAUAUCGAGAGUCUCGACGUUAUUACGCCUGCAUAUUUAUUGAACCUCAAAAAGCCUUUCAUCAUUCCUGAAGCGCCUUUAUCUAACGCCAAUGUUCCUCCUUUAAAACGUUGGCAGUUUAUCGCUCAGCUGUCGCAUCAGUUUUGGAAAAGAUGGUCAGCUGAGUAUUUGACUUCUCUUCAGUCUCGCGAAAAGUGGCAGAAUCCCUCUCGAUCUAUCACUCCUGGAGACAUGGUUUUAGUCAAGUAUGAGAAUACCCCCCCAGGGAGCUGGCCUCUUGGUCGUGUUAUGGAAGUUUUUCCCGGAAAGGAUUCAUUAGUUCGCGUAGCGACUGUAAGGACCGCCACUACUACCUUUUUAAGACCCAUCCACAGAUUAAUCCUCCUGGUGGAAAGCGAAUCAAAUUAA